GAAAAGCGGAAGAAAAUAGCUAAACUAAGCAGUUUUAUAAAAGCUUCGGACACGGUGAAGGGUGUCGUCAUUGUUUGUUUGGUGUUUCUGGACGAAGCUCUGCUGUUGUGACUGUUUUCGGUUCUCUGUGGUUUUGGCAGUUUGCUGCUAGUGCUCGUGACUUUUGGCGCGGGAAGUGUGAUGAAGAAUUAUGUAUACCUGAACUUGUUGGCCGUGCUGGGCAUUAUUUCGCUGCCUUCGGUCUUUGGCUACAGUUACUCGGGUUUCGGGCAACACAGCAGCAACCCGUACGAGGAUGAACUCAAUCCGGAUGACGGCAUUUCGUUGGGUACCGAGAGUGAUGAAGUCGAUCAAAACUAUGUCCUUACUGCCACGAGCUCGGAGAAGAAGCACGCCUACGCGGUGCCAGUUUACCAGAAGAUCGGUGUCCCCAUACCGCACCCGAUUCCGGUGGCCGUUCCGCAGUACGUAAAGGUUAACAUCCCGCAGCCAUAUCCGGUGCAGGUCAACGUGGAGCAGCACAUUAAGGUUCCGGUAUAUCGGAUAGUGCCGAAAAUUAUCGAACGUCCCGUGCCAUAUACGGUGGAGAAAUCGUACCCGGUCGAGGUGGAGAAACCAUUCCCAGUGGAAGUUCUGAAAAAGAUCGAGAUUCCCGUACCGAAACCAUACCCGGUACCGGUGCCGGUCUAUCGGCACGUCACCCACAAGGAAAAGACCCAUCGAAGCUGGCGGUAUUAGGGCGGUGGGAGAUGUUUACCCUGUUAUCUAGUAUUUUAAUUGAAUUUAUUUAUUCCGUUGAUUUGAUUGAUAAUGAUAAUAAUAAAAGCACCUAUAUUGAUGUUAGAUAAGUUAUUUAAUUAUUAUUCUGUUUUUUAUAAAUGUGUAUAGGUUCAUGAAGAAUAAGGAGUUGAAUCGUGCUAAGGCCUGUCAUGCGAUAUGCAA